GGGCUCUUUAAUUUCAGUAACCUGCCCAAGAAUAGACAGUGUGUGUGACAGGAGGGGAGACUGAGCGUGUGUGUGUGUGAGAGAGAGAGAUAGAAAAAAGAGAAAAGGUUGACGUGGGAAUGAGAGAAAGAGGGAGUGUGUGCGUGUGAGAGAGGGAGAGUACUCCCAGCGCAGUCUGAUCAGUGUUUCGGUCUCCUUCUUGCUAUGUGGAUUACAGCUCCCACUGCUUACUGGAUUGCCAUUCCCGUUACUGGCAACUUACAUUGAACAAGCACAGAGGAUUUUUAUUGGAGUGUUUUGAGUUUUCACAGCGGUGACUUUAAUACAGGUGUUAGGUGGACUUUUGCAGUUAAUUCAGAUAGUUGUAGAUAAGUAUGGAGAUGAAUGGUCGUGCCCUGCCGCCAUCAAUACCUGAGGAUGGAGAAGCCCCGGACCAUGUUCCUCAUGGGGAGAUGAACGGUUACCACCAGAGGCUUCGGGGUGGUGACGGGGGAGAGGCUGAGGUCCCAGUGUCCAAGUCCCAGAGACGGAAGAGCGAUGUCAAAGUCUAUAAGGAAUUUUGUGAUUUUUAUGCUCGCUUCAACAUGGCCAAUGCCCUGGCCAAUGCCAUGUGUGAGCGCUGCAAGAGUGGUUUCGCCCCGGCUGAGAAGAUAGUGAACAGUAACGGGGAACUUUACCAUGAGCAGUGCUUUGUGUGCGCCCAGUGUUUCCAACAGUUCCCAGAGGGACUCUUCUAUGAGUUUGAAGGCAGGAAAUACUGUGAACAUGACUUCCAGAUGCUCUUCGCUCCCUGCUGCCACCAGUGUGGUGAGUUCAUCAUAGGCCGUGUGAUCAAGGCCAUGAACAACAGUUGGCAUCCAGACUGUUUCUGCUGUGAUAUCUGCCAGGCAGUGCUCGCUGAUGUUGGAUUUGUUAAGAAUGCUGGAAGGCACCUGUGUCGUCCAUGUCACAACAGAGAGAAAGCUCGGGGCCUCGGCAAGUACGUCUGUCAGAAGUGUCACGCCAUUAUUGAGGAGCAGCCUCUGCUGUUCAAGAAUGACCCCUACCACCCUGAUCACUUCAACUGCAACAACUGCGGUAAGGAGCUGACAGCUGAUGCCAGGGAGCUGAAGGGGGAGCUCUACUGUCUGCCCUGCCACGACAAGAUGGGUGUCCCCAUCUGCGGGGCCUGUAGGAGACCCAUCGAGGGCCGUGUGGUUAAUGCCAUGGGCAAGCAGUGGCACGUGGAGCAUUUUGUGUGUGCUAAGUGUGAGAAACCCUUCCUGGGACACCGUCACUACGAACGCAAGGGCCUGGCCUACUGUGAAACACACUAUAACCAGCUGUUUGGAGAUGUUUGCUACCACUGCAAUCGUGUUAUCGAAGGAGAUGUGGUGUCUGCCCUCAACAAGGCUUGGUGUGUCAACUGUUUUGCCUGCUCUACCUGCAACACCAAGCUCACCCUCAAGGAUAAGUUUGUGGAGGUGGAUCUGAAGCCGGUGUGUAAGCACUGCUACGAUCGCCUGCCGGAUGACAUGAAACGCCGGCUGGCCAAGCGUGAACGCGAUUCAAAAGAGAAGAAGAAGAAAUUAUUGAUACCCAUGUGUCUGUGAUCCUCGUUUUCUCCUUUCUCCUCACUUCCACUCUUCUUCCUUUGGAACAAGUUUGUGGAGUUUGACAUGAAGCCAGUGUGUAAGAAGUGUUACGAGAAAUUCCCUCUGGAGCUGAAGAAGAGGCUGAAGAAGCUGUCUGAAACUGUUGCACGGAAGUAAACACACAGUUGAGCAGCUGGAGGGAGGGAGACACAGAUGAGACCCUGAGGUGGCCGUGCAUUUCCAAAAUUGACAAUCCUAUUAGAUAGCGUGUGUGUGUUUUAUAUAACUGGUAUGUUAAAUUUAGUUAGGUCGUUUCAAUGGAACACUCCACUUUUUCAUGAGCCUGAAACUGACAGACAGGUUAGCAGACAGAUUGUUGGUCAGUCAAUCAGUAGGUUUAACAUUAACCUGUUCAGUGCCUUUUGGCUCAAAUACUGCACUGUAUAUCUUUCACAUGCUUGCCUUAUUUCACUAUAUAUUAAACCUUAACACAGAUGAUGAUGGUCCUGGAUUUCAAAAUGACAAAUGAGCUUUAAGAGAACAUACAAACAAAUAAAAAUUGUGUGUGUCAGGCUGUUUGCCAACUUGUCUCACAAUGCCAAGCCAUGUGUCUUCCGUUCUACUUAUGUUACUGAUACUCUUGUACAAUAAUGGAGUAAACCCAAAGAAAGUUGUUUCAUUAAAUGUGUGUAUUAAUAUUUCCUGUUUUCCACCAACGUUUUAUGUAUUAUUAAUAUGUAUUUUCUUUAAUAUUUUGCUAAGUUAGUUUGUGUUUAGCUUUAUAAAGUUAGAAUUUCUUUUUGCAUCCACAGUUUAUUGACAUCAUACUGUAGCUUCCUUAAUGCUACAGUGAUGGACUCAACCAUCGCUUGCAGUAUGUUGAAUUGUCUUGUUAUGUGCUGUGCAUUUUAUGUGUGAAACAACCUCUAUGCAAACUGGUAUUUAUACUGAGUUACCAGUUUAUUAGGUUCACUUGUACAAUCUAAUAUAAUCCAAUACAACAGCCUUGAAAUAAAUCCCAAGUUUAUAAUGUUCAGUUUUGUCUGAUAUCGUAGAAAAGGUUUCAGUCGUAGUCAUCUGGACACUGUUUUCAGAAUCAAGACGUUUCCAGAUGACUACGACUGAAACCUUUUCUACGAUAGAACACUCCUGGACGAAUGAGGGACUACACCGUCUUUUUUUGUCUGAUCUACUCUAAUUUACAUUAAAUACAUGAGGGGCGACCGAAUAUUAGAAGCGCCUUUCAACGUAUAUAUAUAUCUAUAGCUUAAAAAUGACUUUAGAGAUGAAGCAGCUCCUCUGACACACUCUCAACAGAUACUGAACAUAAUAAGCUUCACAGUAACAGGAUUUAUUGCAUGGCAACUGUUAACUCUGUGUGUGUGUGUGUUACAACAUGAUGGCUUGUGGCAUGUGCAGAGACCGGAUGUUGGAGCAAUGUUAGAUGUUGGAACAUGUGUCUCUGCUGUUUGUAAUCCAGAGAAAGUGAUCCUCUUAGAGUGGUGUACCGACUUCCUCAGGGCUCAGACCCUCUUAAGAAAGAACGCCAACUGUUGUAAAUGGAAAAGAAUAGUUUCACUUGAGCAGUAUUUUAUCAUAGAACGCUUAUCUUUUACAUAAUAGUUUAACAGAAGAACACAUUCCACUAUUUUAUGGAAAUACAAAGCCUAUGUUACUGUUGUGAAUUUCACUACCUAUGCCACAACAUUUUUCAUAUGUCAUGUAGAAGUAAAACUAUCCAUUGAACUGUUUGUUGCGAAACACAACCUCAGCUCUGCUAAAAAAUAGCCCAGUGAAUAGUUUUAUUUGAUAUCUUACUACCUGGGAGACUGAGAUGACUCUACACAGACAGACAUCUUGUACUGUAUUUUAUCUUCACAAUGCUUGUCAAGAGAAAACAUUUAUUCAUGUAAACACACCAAAGUGCAUGUUCUAGACUUGAAUGGAAAGUUAUUUUUCAUUAUAUCUAAGAUAAUUCUAUCAACUCAUCUGAAUAAACAUGUAUGUCAAUGCUA